CGGAGCCGCAGUGAUUUUUUGCGCAUCGCGCUCGAGCGUAGGAGUACUGGAGUACUUAUAUCUUUUUUGGAGUUUGGAGUGUGCGUUGUUGUACAUGGUAAUGCGUGACCGGUACUUUCAUCUAUUUAAAUACAAAAAAACAAGCAUUAUCAGUCGGAAUGUAAGUUAAACUCGAGUCGAAACCCGUACCUAAAUAAAUUCUAAAAAAAAAAAGAAGAAGAGCUCACACAGAGAGUAGUAUAUUCAGGUAUUACCACUGUUGGUGUAUCAUGAAUUCGAGUAAGUUUAUACAUAUGUAUACAAACAGUUUGGAAAGAGGAAACGGGAAUUAACUGCUAAGUGAGUUGCUGGGAUGCGGGCAAUCAAGUCGUAUUGUAUCGUAUAACGGCAGCGCAACAGUUAUGACUAACCGAUGCGUGCCUUCGCUCUGCUUCUUUCGUUCUUCUGUAUACUUACUCAAGUAUCACAACUUGACAACACAUCACCUAUAAAUAUAUACAUACACAUAUAUAGUAUCGAGAGAUCAGCUGAUCAGAGAGUUGGUGUUUGCGUGUGUGUGAGUUGAGAUAGUUUCUCUCUCUCUCUCUCUCUCUCUUUCUUCGUCGCUUUUGGUGCUUCUGGUGUUCGUGUUGUUAUCGUGUCGUGAGUUUCAGAGAGCUGUUUUGGAGCAUGGUGUGUCCACUUGACUAUAUACCGUUGCCUGUCACUUUAAAUCAGCGAUAGCACAACAAACGAAACGAUCGAGCCUCUGUCUGGCCUGCAUCAGCUACCUAUAGGUAUAUAACAGCACAGAGCCGGCCGUCAAAGUCUGCAGGGCGACUUUUGUUCCACGCAUACUUGCGAUCUCGUUUUUCUUGAUUCCAACUGUAUCGUUGUACAUAUCACGUGUGUGCUCAUUGGUCAACCUUAAAUAUAAAUACCUAUAACGCGUCCUUGCCACGAAAAGUUAUGAGUGCACGUUCUUCUGCGCUUCAAGGACUUCCCACGUGAACAAACACUAUGGUGCCCAAAGAGGAAUCAAGAAAAUAAUUUUUAAUGUCCGUAUGGUCGACGAGCACUGGGCGAAAUUCAGUGUUUGGUGCAGAAGCUAGGCCGGGCUUACCUCCUACCUCGCAUCAAGCCAGUAACUUGCAUUCACAUGCACAUUGCCACGCACCCGACAAAACUUGUUUCCACAAAAGGUCCCACUCUUGCCAGUCGAGGAUGUCGCAGUCGGGUGAUGGGCUUCACACUCCGGGUUACCUCGCCUGGCGCAAGCUCCAGCUUAGCAGGGCCAAGCUCAAGGCUUCGAGCAAGACGUCGGCCUUGCUCUCCGGAUUUGCCAUGGUGGCGAUGGUCGAGGUACAGUUAAACUCGGACACAAAGGUGCCAAAAGAGAUGCUGGUUACAUUCGCCGUGUGUACGACCCUCCUGGUAGCGGUGCACAUGCUCGCCCUGAUGAUAUCUACCUGUAUCCUGCCAAAUAUCGAGGCUGUCUGCAACCUGCACAGCAUAAGUCUGGUGCACGAGUCUCCGCACGAGCGUCUCCACUGGUACAUAGAGAUCGCCUGGGCGUUCUCGACCCUGCUGGGCCUGCUGCUCUUCCUCGUCGAGAUCGCCAUACUCUGUUGGGUCAAGUUUUACGAUUUUUCGCAGGUGGCCGCGUGGUCGGCCUGCAUCGUCCUCGUGCCCGUCCUUAUAAUCUUCCUGGCUUUUGCCAUACACUUUUACCGCAGCCUCGUCACCCACAAGUACGAGGUUACUGUCUCCGGUAUUCGGGAGCUUGAGCUCCUCAAGGAGCAGAUCGAGUCCUCGGAUAUCGACAGCAGGAAUGGUAUGAGCACUCUCGCCCGUAACACCCUGCAGAUCGUUCAGAUCGUUUGAGCUCAAGCACGUCUCUUUACUUAUUGUUACUCCCAAUAACAUGUACGCACUUACUUUUUCUCUUUCCAAUGCAUAUUGUGACAAACCGUCGUAAACAACAUGACCUCCAAAGUUCCUCAGGACAUAUGUUUCUACUUUCUCCGUUUCUUCCAUUUUUCUAUUUAUUCAUUUUUAUUUAUUAUUAUUGUUAUUUUUUUUUUUUUUUUUAGUGAUUUACCCAAUUGUACGAUGCAAGUGCCUGCUCGAAUGGCCUGCAUGAACGAAUCUGUUUGUUGUACAUGUGUAUCAAACAUUCCUCGCUUACUCUAUUGAGGAAAAUCAAUUCACUACAAUUUUAUUUUACAAAGUAUCUAAGUAGGUAUAUACAAAAAAUAACAUUAAAAAUGAUCAAUCAUUGGGACUCGGCUGAUAGUGAACAUAGUUUUUGCAAGGUAAUGGUGAUUGAAUCAAGGUAUGAUCAAUACAAAGUCCCUUUAAACUUGUUGUGUAUCCAUAACAAUAAUUUGUUUGCCAAUGCGUUUGUAAUAUACUUAAUCUUUCACCAAACAUGCAACGCAGACGUUAAAUUUACUUAUCAAAGGCUGAAAUUAUGACAUUACACCAAGCCACCGUGACAUAACAAAUCAGCUUUUUUUCUUUUAUUUAUUUAUUUAUUUAUUUUUUUGAGUAGACGUUUUAUAAAAAUGUUUUUUCCACUUAGACAAGUGCAAUUCUCACUGAAACACAUAGUUCAUUUAGAAAUGACAAAUACCAUUUAAAACUGCUACUUCAAAGUGACUGCCCUUUUAAUGAAUCUCAUGAAUUCUAGAGAUAAAAGUACUUAGUGGGAGGGGUCAAAAUAUUGUAAAAAUAAAAUGAUCUGUGGCUCUUUCAGCGUUAUUACGACUUUAAUUAACUGUACAUAAUAUUAUAAAUGUUUUAAGUAAUUUUUUCUCAGAUUGAAUGGUAUGUUAAGAUUUAUAUCUAUAUUCAUAUGAUUGUGCGUUAAAUUUUGAGCCACAAAAGUUGAUAAUUUAUUUAGUAUAAAUCAAAAAUUAAUUAUAUACACGAAAGUCUGCUAAAAAAUCAAAUGAGUAGGAAUAUUUAUGUCAACGUUUUUUGAGAGUCUCAUAAGUUAUGCUAUGCUGUAUUGAUUUAACAAUUCAAUGAUUUUACCAAACAUGUGAUUAUUGUAUCUACAUUAUAUUGUAUUUUAAAAGAAAUACAUAUUAAUAAGUUAUUUUUAUUAAAUAAUAUUAAAAUCUUUACUUAAUUUUUUUUUUUUUUUUUGCGGCAUUGACCAAUUGUAAGGCAUUAUAAAAGAUCUUGUAAGAUAUUCUAUAAAUAUAUGUAUUGCUAAGCUGACAGUUAACGAAUGUGAAACGUCAAACGUUUUCAUACCAUUACAAAACUUGACAAGUAAAAAGUAAAAUUUUUUAUUUGUUGAUA